AGUCAGGUUAAUCAUGUCCAAACAUCCCGUAUGGACCUGAUCUCUCUUGAUUUACCAAACUAAAACCCUGUAUUUCAUCUUUCUUGAAUUUCGAACAAGACCACCAAGACCUAGGUAGGAGUGAAGAAGAGGAUCUGGCUUACUCAUCUUUAUCAACAUUCUUGAGCGGUAGAGCAGAAGAUGUCGGACACCAGGAUCCAGAUCAAGGAUGACGGCCCUCUCAGAGGGUCAGGCGACUCGAUUGGCAUGACCGUUUUGAAGGUCUUUCCCUACGUCACUUAAGGCUCCCCGGAAUCUUCUCCCAUUUUGAAAAGCACCCAUCUUGGGGCACGCACCCCUCUCAGGGAUAAUCUAUCUCUCUUGGGGCGCCCCUCUCAGGGAUAGUCUCAGGGUCCCCAAGAUGACUUUCAAGAUGGAAGAUGCGAGGAAGAUCUAAGUCACGUUUACCUACCUCACCGUGAUGGGGGUCUUCGAGAUUAUCAAUCAUGUACCGUUAAGGCAACGAAACAUAUCCAGAAGUAGUAGAAGUAGAUCAUGCAACUCUGUCACCACUCCAUCCUGUUUUGAAAUGAUUAUUUAAUUGUCGAGAUGAAAAGAUUAUGCACACGACUCUCUCUCGCCCUAAGCAUUCUGGCACUUAUCUCACGCUUAACCCGUUUUGCAUAGGUGGCGUGUUUUGAUUUUUUGUAUUUCCAGUCCGACGUGUUCUCUUGUGGUCUCGAACUCCACCACUUCGUUGGAACCCAGCAAACGAGUCACUUUUUCUCUAAUGUGAGCCUUCGAGUGUCGUGCGCACAAAGUCAGAGUUACCAAGGCAGCUGAAGGGGUUAGCAUCCCAGCAAAAGCGAGAGUGGUGGACCUGCACAAGUACUCCUCUGCUUUUAAGAGUAAGUAAGCUUUACUAGGUGUUCCUCCUUCGCUCGGCCGUUAGUUUUCUUGCUUCUCUCCAACGAAAUUAGAGGGACGAAACUCUUCUGUGGAGCCUUGUCACAUCGAUUCAUCCUGCAGGUAGAGGCAAUAGAUCUAUCAAGGGUGCACAGAAUAGGGAGUAGAGCAAAGGCAUAACAUUUAUAGGAAUAACUUACGGGGUAAGUAGCAGCGAAUGCGAACACCAAAUAUAAAACCCUACCACCUCUAACUCCUCUUCGGGGUAUCAAAAAGCGACCCACCAAGUUGGGACUCUGACUCCGACGUGGUGCCUGGCCGAUGGAAUCAUGACCCGCAACGCCUUCUUGAGCAUGUUCGUUCAUAACGGCUUUGUCAUUAAGGUCACAGAAGGUAACUCCUCUUCAGCAAAACAUUCUCAACACAAAUACAAAAACACAUUAUCUGCACUGAAGACGUAUAUGACAAGCCCUUCAAAGUGUUGGGUCUGAAGAGUAUUUUUAGUGUUCUCCUACGUGAAUCAAUAAUUUUUAUUGAAUCAUGUUACUCGUCUUAAACUGAAGAAUGUUGCAGACCAUCAAAUUCAAAGAGGAAAAAUACUGGUCUUAGAUGAAAGUCCUAGGUUCAUCUUAUUAUUGAACAACAGCUCGUCUACGUCUUAGAUGGACUUUGAUGGACUUUCUUAGUCAGGCUUAAUAGAGCUCCAAAGGUGAAAAUAAUUGAUUGAACAACACCUUUUCUCUUCCUCUUCUACAUGGAGUGGGUACAUUCAUUCAGUCAUUCAGUCAUUCACUCACUCAUUCUACAUGAUCAGGUACCUCCUCUACCUCCUCUACCUCCUCUACCUCCUCUACCUCCUCUACCUCCUCUACCUCCUCUCCCUCUAAUGUUAGUCACUUCUUGCCGCAUAUUUUGAUUUUGGCUUGGGCAGCGGUGAUGGUGGAGAUACGCAUCGCGUAUCAGUUGAGCAUCCAUCGUCGAAUGAACGGUGCAAUAGCACCAGCGUGCUUCCUGGUUCUCAUGGUCGGCAUCCUCUUUUGCGGAGCUGGAUGUCGCGUCAUCGCUUACACUAAGGCUACAUGUAGUUGACCCUUCUACUCUCGACAACUAUUCUCCAGCAAAUGUUUCUGCUCUCGGUCCUCUCGACUAGGACUAUAAUUCUCCAGCAGAGAAAUGUUAGAGGUAAGUAGUUUAAUAAGUUUUUCAUGUCUCGCUAGGACCUCCUAUGCAACACGAAGCAAUCGCGUGACGUGUUGCAUUUUUUUAAAAACUUUAGUAUACUAUUGCAAACAACAAAUGUAAGUAGAUGAAUUAUCCGUCUUGGUCCUCCCGCAUCAUGAUCAUCAAUUCAAAUGACGUAGCUUCCACCUACCCCUUCUACACCCAGACCUAAACCUCUACAACUUCUAAUCUUCAAAUGAACAUACCUAGCGCGAGCCAAGGGGUGUUCGUCUGGCCUGAAUAUGAGAAAACUUUGCACCAUUUGGCUAAGCAGGAUGGCUACAAAACGGAGGACAUGUUUCUCCAAUGGUUGAGGCACUCUCUGACCGAAUUUCAAGUGCCAACUGGUAUUCUCGCCGCAACUUGUGGCUCUGGCGCUGUCUUUUGUUAAGGCUUCUUAGUACUAUUUGCUGUAUAUAAGUAAUAAUUGAUCUUUUUGAUUCAACAUCUUGAAAAGGAACCAAUCACGAAGAAACAGCUUUCUUCUUGGCAUGAUAGAUUGGUCCUCGUUUCUCUUUCUCUUUAAUAAGGGACGAUAGGGAUAGGGACCCGGAAAACCAAAACUGUUCUAAAAUGUGACUUUACAGAAGUUUCAGUUUCAUAGUUGAAGACGAACAUCAACUUCAGCAUGAAUCAACUCAUAUAUAUGGAUCGAUAGAUGAAUAUUUAUACAAUCAACUUGAGUCAGCCUGUCAGCCCACUGCUCUCUAAUUUGGUCAGUUCGGCGUCUUGUUUUUCAUGCUGUUCUUUAUCUUUCCAAGCGAUCCGUUCUACCCUGUUGCGCUUUCCGGUUCUUCUAUUAAGACAAUUGGAGCAAUGUGCACCCUCCUCAGCAUCAUUAUUGUCCUCGUCCUAAUGGCGUGGAGGUCUUUUUCAAGGGGAAAAAGAAGGCUGCUUGUUCUAUCUCUGGAUCUGUACUUCGUCGUCCCGCGGAUCAUGAUUUUUACUUGAGACCACCACGCGAAGGAAUUAAGAGCAACUUCUCCGAGGAUCAUUCAUGUGACCCUCAAAGAGAAAGAUGCGACGCGGUAGCUCUAAUUCUAGCGCCGCUAGGUCCUCCACUCCAGCCGUUGGCGCAAAUAUGAUUAAGGCCCUAAGACUCAAGCUCAUAAUCUUUGAGCUCUCAUCUCAAAGAGUGAGAAAAUCGGACAUGAGGGAAAUUGCAUGAUUAAAAUUUUCCUGCCUAGAUUGAAUCAUAGACGAGGGCGGAAAGGAUGGACUUAAGUUGGUCCUCCAUCUUUGUGGUGAGUUAUCAUCGUGACGAAACACUACGACGCCCGAAGGCAGUCUGCACUGAAUUUUUGCGAGAUUCGUCGUUGCUUGUAGUGAGUUCUUAUAUUCACUACAAGAUGAUCAUGGCCAUUGUCACUGAAUCCGACCUCCUAGAUAGAUUGAGUCAAGUACAAAUUGCAUGUUCCUGGAACACACUUCUUCUAAUAUUUUGAGUGUUAAACUUUCGGUGUCUGGCUUCGACAAGUUUGAGAAAGAAGGAGGAGGUGCAGACUUGUUGGGAGAGGGCGAGGCUUCUCCUGAUACUGAGGUAUUAGCCACUGGGGAUGGUGUGGUGUUAUGGCCAGGAACUCUCACACUUUUUCUCACAUUUAAACGAGCAAACUUGACAUAGCAAGAGUGGAGUAUUCCAUUUAAAGAAACGAGUAAACUUGACAUAAGAGAGUAUUCUCGAAUAUAGGGUAGGGGUUUAGGUCCGGCGACGCUGAGAGCACAUAUUGAAGAAAAAUAACCGGGGGUUAGCUUUCCAUCAUGUAGUCCUAGGCGCCUUAUCCCACCACGCAAAAGCAAUUCCGAAAAUUUGAGACUAGAUAGAAAUUCUAUUCUUUCUGGAGGUCACUGCUCUCUAAUCUGAAUUCGUUCGGGAGAGGAUGAGCCUUCUACCGCAGUCGGUGGAGGAAAGGUCAAGAGGGUGCGCGCUGGUGCUGAGGGCGAAGCUGACGAAGACGAUCUCGAUGGUGCGGAUGAGGAGUUGCAGCUGAAUUAUGCUCAGAUGAAGAUUCUCUUUAAAUUGUACUCUUUUAAUCCGCAGUAUGAUUUUUCACUAGAAGGUUUCUGAGUCAUUGUUGAAGUUCACUCUGUUGCCUCAAGGACUAGUCAGUGCAUACUGAUACUGUGUGUUAUUAUUUGUAUCCAUUAUUUAGAGAAAUCUUCAAAUAAGUCACUGCUUAGUUUUUCCCUCGUAGCUCCUCCUCUCACCCUUCAUGAUUUAAUAUUUGAGAUACUUCUGUUAUCUAAGUACUUGAAAUAUAACCUUUUUUUCUUGUCUUUGUUGUAGUUAGGUGCAGCAUGCCCCACCUCCAGAUCUGUCAUUCUCAUUGUUGUUCGCUUCUCUUCAAGUGUAAGGGACUAGUUAAUUCGUAUCCAUCAUUCUCAUGAGCAGGUACUUUUUCGAUGGUUUAUUGCCCUCUUGUUCUUUCCAUAUUAGAAAUAACUUCUACUAGAAGAUGCGAUCUUCUCUCUCAGCACCUCUCACUCUCAGCACUUCUCUCUGCACAUCAACCUAUGAUCUCUAACAUGAUUCUGCGACUUUUUUGGCUGGCGAUCAAUCUGCCUAUAUGAAGUCUACCUCUACUUCGGCUGGAGGAGGCGCAAGUCCGCAAGUGCUACAGAUCGUCUACAUUGUGAUUCACUCGAUUGGCGGGUUGCUUCUGCCGUUGUUCUUAAGGCUGAAAUGUUGUGAAUUGAUUUAUUGCCUUUGAUAUUCUACUUCUUUGGCGCCGAUGGGUUGACUUUGGUAUUCUACUCUCACCUCUUUCUCACUUAUUGAGUUGUAGUUGUUUUGAUGGAUAUACUAGCUAGAACUGAACGGACGACUCGCUGUUCUACUCAUUUUCCUCACUUCUUCUUACCUCGUCCUCACUUCCUCGUCUCACCUCUUACCCCAACCCCAUCCUCUAAUGUCCCUCGACUUGGUAAUGUUUUUGGUGAGUUUCAGCGGGAUUACGGCUAGUCCUUCCAGCAACAUCUUCAUCAGCCAGACGAUCAGCGUUGCCUUCGGCUUCAUUUGGGCAGGUCUUCUCUUCGUACUAGUCAAGUUCGUCUUACCCAGCAACGCGAAAGAACACGUGCGGUAGAAGGAUACUAGUAGUGCUUAGAAAUGGGCACACGAAGACGAAGGGUGCGUUACUUAGAGGGAUACUAGUAGUGCCCAAAAAAGGUUAGUAAAAGAUGGCUCUAGUUCAGAGAGGGAUACUAGUAGUGCCCAAAAAAGGGUAGUAAAAGAUGGCUCUAGUCUAGAGAUGAGCAAUAGUGCCUAAAAAAGGGUACACUAAGACGACGGAUACUACUAGAUAGUCGUGCCUAGUAAACAUAAACAAGGGUGCUUACACUACAAAGACGACAGGGAGGAACAAAGAUGAUUGAGAAGUCACUUACUAAGAUGUUGUACAAGAUGAAAGGACUUCAACUUGAAGUUGAAAAAAUCAAGGAUCAUAUGAUCUUUUCGCACGAAGGACAUGGAGUGAGCUUGUGCAUACAACUCACUCCACGUAGUAGUUAGAAGUACCUGUAAGAAAUUCUGGGAGUAAUCAUAAGCAAAAAAAGAUGAACAUGAACAGUACAACGUAUCAUCCAAGUAUUAUCACAACUGAUAGCUAGUAUCAGAUUUCGAUUUACAUACUGAUUUACAACGAAGACAAAUCAUGAAAACUACGACCACUAUCUAAAAAAACAAUUAACUACAUCAUGCCUCUUAUUCUUAUCAAUAGUUGGAGGUUUAAACCAUUCGGAUUCACUGAGAAAUUGAAAAUAUUAAGCUUAAUAUGCUUACAGGUCUCGUAGUAUUGCUAAAUGCUGCCGCUGCUACCUUCUCUCGUUUUUGUUGUUACUGACCGAAGUACAUCGUGUGUGACCUUGUCUAACUUGCUAGAUGUCAGAAAGUAAAAUUAAGGGUAGGCUAAAGGUGCUUUUCUUACCGCUUUUUAUGCCUCUCUCCCUUAGGAUGAGAAAGGCAUAACAAGCGGGGUAAGCGAGCACCAAAAACCUACCUCUAAUAAAAGUAAAAAUGGGGUGCUACGAUACUUUGGAUACAAGAACGCUGCGGGACUAGAGGCGGGACAUUGUAGUUGUACAAUCAGUCAGUCUUCCUACCUCCUCUUAGACGUUGAGACGAAGCCCAAUCCCUAUCCGGUUUCGGCAGCUAAUGAGCGCUAUGCGCCGUCCAGUGCGAGCACCGAGCAGUCAGUUUGCGUCGGAGCCCACAAUGGUCGGAAGUGAUUGCAGUAUCAAAUGAAGAAGAAGAAUUUUUCGAUAAUCACACCAGAACUUUGGAAGGGCUUGGGCCUCUCACAUAGCUGAGAAAGGCUUAGGUUCAAACGUAUUAAGAGAACUCAGUACAACGACCAGCACCGUUGGUUGAGUAGUUGUAGAGGUAGCUGCAGCGGUCUUGAGACAUAGUAGAAGGAAUAUGAAGCAUGUGGUUGUAGAAGUCUCAAUAAAGAAUGUAUACUAUAUGUUUUUCAAUAUUGAUGUCCGUAUACUGACAACGCUAAAUAACUAAUUGAACUAAGACACUCGAUUAUUAUCAUCCGUUUACAUCUUCUUGCAUUACCAUUACAGAAUUCACAGGACACCAGAUAUUACGAAAUUUUACUCAUGCAACAAUAUAGAAAUGAGGUAAAAAUUUGCUUUCGCUACAGCCUAAUAUUUCUAGCAUAGGAAAAUGAAUUCAUGAAUCACAUUCAUAAUAGAAGAAGAUCGAAGAUCAACGCAACGCUGUAGAGAAAAAAUCAUGCAGAACAAGUAGAAGCUGCAUUGGAGGCGGAGGCUAAAACCUUUAGAAGAUGCAACUUGAAAAUAUUGAUGGGAUAAGGAUAAAAACAAUAGAAAAGACGAACAUCAAUGAACAUAUUCAUAUUACUUGUACAUACUUAUGGAUCUUGAGCAUGAUUUAUG